GGUGUUGUGUCUGAGAGAGUCAAAGCAAGUAACAACGCUUUAAACGAAACCGGUUGACGGUCUUAGCAGAAACGGCAAUUUGGGACACGUAAACGUGAAAACGACAACAUCCAACCCCUCUCUUCCUCCAUAUCUCAAGUCCCCGAAGAAAAGUUCCAUUUUUUACCUUCAUCAAUGGGCGGCCAUGAAGCUGUGGAAGUUGCCAAGACCGUCCUCGAAGUCGCCGACGUCGCAUGGACCGCCUUGGAAUGUAGCCACCACCUCCACCAUCACCAUGAUGCUCCCCACAAUCUUCACAAUUCCGAGCUUCAAAAAGAAUUGGAAACCCUAAAAUCCGAAAAUCGGCGUUUAAGGAAUCAACUGGAACAGAACCUCAAACUUCUCAAUAAUUUAUCUGAAUCUCCUGUUCUGUUAAACGAUUGUCCUCCUAACCUUUAUGCUCGGUUGGUAUCUACCGUAGAUUCUAGGGACUUUUUGACCCGACUCAAAUCUCUUAAUGAAUCCGAUAUUAAAAUUGAGUUUCCAUUCAAGGAAGCUGCAGGAGAUGAUAUACAUUCAGCUGAAGUUCUGAUUAACGUUGACCAAAAAGAACCAAGUUGGUGGGUAUGGGUAACUGAUGAAAUGGUUCCAAGCAAUGUUGAAGAGUGGAGUGGAAUUGACGAUGAGAAUUACAUUGUUGUUAGCGAAGAGCAUGUUGUGGAUGGUGUUGCUAACUUUAUGGCAAAAUGCCUUUUGUCGAACCCUAAAGCUCAGACUUUGACCCCUGAAGAACUGCAGAAAACUAUGCUGAAAGCAUUAGAAGGUGUCAGCAAAUUGGAGAAGGUUUUGAGCAUUUGGCAUGCUGGAAAGAUGUUCUAUGUGUUGUCAACUUGGGGACUUACAUUGGCUGGGUUAUAUAAGAGCCGUACUAUAGUGAAACUUGCUGCAAUGGGCAUUCACACAACUGGCAAAGUUGUAAUGAGGGUGCUAUGAAUGAAUUAAACUGUUCUAUAGCAGAGAAAGAAAGUUAUUGACCAAAAAAAAAAAAAAAAGGUCUAUCUGAACUGUAGUGAUGCAUGGUUAUUUAAGUCGUGGGUGUGAAAUGUAAAUGUUGUGAAUAGAUACGGUUGCAUUUGUACCAUUUAAUGGAUAAAUUGUAUUUACCAUCCCA